AAAUCAUGUAGUCUUCGAAAUUUUAAACCGGAAAAUCUUACUUUUUAAAUUUAACAAAAAUUGUGGUAUCUGAAGAAAAUGCGGUAAUUUUUGAUAAUGAAUCAAACUGUGCACAAAAUUUUAGAGACUACCGUAGGAAAUUUAUUUGGAAAGGACGUUACUUGUAAGGAGCCUGUCGAUAGAUGCGACGAUUAUCAACCUGGUACUUUAGUAGAAUUUGGCAGAACCGGUAUUAACCUGGUCAAGAAAUUCAUGAUGCCCUGUGGAUUAUGUGCUGCAGUCCCGGCAGUAAAACCUGCAUCUUCAGAAUCAUGUCCAGAAAACUGCAGUAAUAAACUUGAGGGCAAAAAGCUUAUCAGACCAUCAGAGCUUCCUAUUUAUUCUGCAGACGAAUCAUGCACCAGGCAGACACCAUGCCCGGAUAAUAAUUGUGCACCUUCAUACCUGGAGCAGGGCUUUGGAACAAUUCGAAAAACUGUCAAUAGCUUGGUUUCUGAAUACUCAGCUGUAACAAGUACAAUUAGUGACACUUAUGAUACUGGACUUGAGCACAGUCAGCUUCUGUUAGACUACCUACAGGAAGAAAGCAACGUCCUACCACGAUUGGGUGCUGUAGGAAUUGGUGGCUUAACUGGCUUAAUCUUUGGUUUAAGAGGUGGAAAAUUUAAGAAAUUAGUUUAUUCUAGCACAGGGGCUCUUGCAGUAGGUGCUGUAUGCUAUCCAAAACAAGCCCAGGAAGGUGUCGAACUAGCUAAGCAUUAUGUCAACAUUGGCUACAACUUCAUCUAUGGGGUAAAACCAGGAGAUGAAAAUGAAUUGCAUAUCGAGUGGCCGGAAUUCCCAAAAAUUAAAUUGCCGACAUCCCUGUCGGAAUUCGUAAGUUUGGCAACUGACUCUGGAGCAGCUGCCAUCGCAGCUGUUAGCUCACUGGCGAGUAAAGCUUCGGAAACAUUACAGGAAUCAAAGAAAGACGCAACGUCUCCAGAUGAUGCAUCUAAGUCAAAGCAAAGCUAAGAACUCCGUCUCAUACGAAAUAGCAUCUACCAUGAUUGCUAGGAUCACUUAAAAACCUCCCGCGAAAACAUUUACAUAGUCCACUAUAGUUUUAGGAAGAAUCACCACACUGCAAAAAAAGUAAGUUGUAAAGAUGAUGGAAAUGCUUUGUUAAAAUACAAAAGGCAUGUGAGGUA